CCACAAAUGAAGCACAAACAUCUCGACACCCAUCCCGCAACCACCGCAAAAACAUAUUGACACAUACAUUCGUGACAUCCCUCAAAAAUACCGCUUCCAGCCCCUCUCCCGCUUCACCAUAUCCCCUCUCAACCCAGCAUUGCCUGCACGCCUCUCAAGAGGCCGUCUGCCUCUCAGCCCCCUCAGCCCCGUGUCCACCCUCGGCUUGGCAUCCCUCACCGCCCCUCCCGCCCACUUGCCCCGCCAUGUCCGCUCCUCCUGCCGCCUGAGCUCCUCGACGGUUGGGAUGGCCGCCUUGCCCAGCGACUUGACCCAGGCCCGCCGCCCUGGCUGGAGGUAGUGGAAGAGCCCGACGAGGUCCUUCUCACCGCCCUCCAGUGUCCCCCUGUCCUCUGCCGCUGGGGAGGUCAUGCGAUAGGCCAUAUCGCCGAGGACGUUGAUGGUGUGGGGCAGCCAGGUGCUGAGGGCUGGCUCAUGCUGGCGGUCCUGGAGGAGGCUGCCCGCCCGCUGUCUGCUGCUGUCGGUGAGGACUGGGCCGGCCUUGCUGAAGUACCUCUGGUGGUGGCGGCUCCAGCUGAGGCUGCGCAGCAUAUCGAAGCUGUGCCACUUCUGCUUGAGCUGCUCCUUGUCCAGGUCGCUGAGGUGCCUCCAGCCGAGCAGCUUGUCUUGCAGGCCCUCCUCGCACAUCACCGUCUUGAUGAAGUCCUCGCCCCUCAUCACGUCGCCCAUGUCCAUGCCCAGCCCCCACAGUACCGCGGCCUCGUCGAUGUAGAUGCCCUGCUUGCCCUCCGCGUCUCGCACCAUCACCCCCUUGAGCUUGAGGGUCUCCUCCAGCUCGUUGGCGGUUCUGAUGGUAGCGAGGUAGCGUGAGUGCCACUCUCCGGCGGCGGAGCCGAGAUGCGGUUGACGUCCUGGUGGCAGGAGCUCCCGCAUCCGGUCGAGGAAGGAGUUGGCCUUCGCGCGGUUCAUGCAGAGCGCCGUGUCGUUCCAGAGGUUGCCGCUGGUGUCCUCCUCGAAGCUGUGCUUGUACACCAGCUGCAGCUCGGGUGCGAUGGCGCCGCAGGUGCCGACAGGCCAUUGGUGGUGGUGCCGCUUGCCGCCUUCGUCGAGAGGGACGAAGGCCACCUUGGCCUUGUUGGCGAAUGUCGGAGGGGGCGGGGGGAACGAGGGAGGGUGCCAGCCGAGGGAUACCGAGUUGGCGAGGUCGAUGAGCUUGGCACCCUCCGAUGGGAGAGGGCCUGUCGAUGUGGGGGUGGUGGCCGGGCGCUGGAGGCUGUGGGGCAGGUUGAGGUUGUCGAGCAGCUCUUUGCGGAUGAACACAUCCUUCUUGAUGUUGUCCAGCCCGACGAUGCCGUGCCGCACAGCCGCUCUGUGGGCGCGGAUGGUGAGGAGGAGGGCGAGCACGAGGCGGGAGAGGUCUUGCCGAAGUGUCGUGGCAUCGCGAUGGACCAGUGCCUUGAAGCUGUGGCUGCGCAGCAGGCGAUUGAGGUUGACCCACUUGUCGCCUGAACACACAAACAGGAUAGAGGAAAGAAACCAAUGAGCUGCGUGUGUGAGUGCUGCCCACGUGUGAAAACAUUACACGUACCUGACAGCAGCUCCAUCGCGAUGGCCAGACACUUCUCCUCCCUAAUCCUCCCUUGCUCAUCUCGUGUGAUGAGCGUGGCCGGCGGGUCCUUGGUGGUGUGUCUGUAGCUGGUGUAGAUGGCCACGAAUGGGCUGUGCUGUGACGAGAGGUGGCCGGCUCCUCUGACAGCCCUCAGCCGUCGCUCCUCCAUCUGGGCUGAUGUGAGCUGCUGCUGCGCCCAGGCGGUGGAGUGGUCAUCCGGCAGCUUGAGCAGCUUGAUGGCUGCGGGGAUGGUGGUGCCGGUGGGGCCGGGGAUGAAGGCUACAUACACAUUGGCACUCGAGCCGAUGUCGAGGAGCUUGGUCAGCUCCAAGUCUGGGGUGUCGCCGGGCAGCUGAAGGAUGGGCAGGGGGGCUGUCAUCGUUGAGUGGAUGGGGCUGAAGAUCUCAGUCGUCGGUCGAGUAGAGGCGCUCGGACGACUCACAGAUGAGCUCUUCUCGUCGAAAAGAGCCGAGACAAGAGCCCGAGCGAUCCGGUGGGGGCGAAGCGCGCAGCAGACGACAAGGCAAGAGCGAGUUGAAUGGUGUUGGAAGGCUGAGAGAGAUGAUUGGAUGUGGUUCGGGUCGCCAACAGAUGGCAAGGAUGGAUGCGCAAGACCUUGGCCAAGAACGUCCGAUGAGCGGUUGAUUUGCCUGACGGACAGAAACAAACAGCAUUGAGCCAAGGACGCUCGUGGCGUGGGUGUUUGCUGCUUUCCCGGCAGAUGGAGGGCUCCGUGGCAAUGAAUGAGUCGAUGACGACCAGACGAUGGGCUCAGAGCAGCCACUGAACCAGCCAAACCUCAGAAAGGGCUGCCAGGCAUCGAGCAGUGGUGCUGGAAGUCACCGCGGAACAGCCACUAUCAUCACUGCAAAAGGGAGUCAGUCAUCAGUCACUCACGCGCACGAAACCAUCAUUCACAGCAUUGCGAUGGUGUCUGUUCGUCUGUCCAUGGUAAGCAUCUUCACUACAAAGCAACGAAGGUGUCACUUGCACCGCCCUGUCCGUCUGUGUCAGGCCAUCGAAGCGACGAGCACAAGCAAACCAUCGCUGAGUCAAGCACAAUGAGGUACGGCACAUGGGAGGUGUGGCUGUUGCUUCACCAGUCGUCAGAGAGGCCGCCCGACAAGCACAAGCGACGGAGCUGCGUGAAAAAACCAAAGCAAAACGAUGGUGAUUCUUGUCUGACAGUGGUGAUGGUGUGUUGCAUGAUGUGUACAGACCGAGAGGAGGGCAAAAACG